AUGCUGAAAGUCUGGUUGACUAGGCUCACAGUGCUCACGACCAUACUGGCGAUUGUUUCCAAUAUUUACAUUUUCACUUACCCUUCAAUUUUCCCCAGUGAAUGUUCCUGGAGGUGCAGCGCUAGGAAGGCUUCGUUAGAUGCCGAAGAUUCGCUCUCAGCUCUGGACAGAGCUAUAUUAUAUACUAGCAGAUAUUUGAGAGACGUAAGCGCUCAAUUUUCAAAGGUCGAUGGGGUCAAGGAGUCAAGGGACAGAAAUCAACCAAGUGAUGUUCAUCUGUUGGCACUCGGAGAUCCCCAGAUCAAAGGAAUUUGGCCUAAUACUCCAUAUCUGAGUAGACUAGACACCUUUGGCAAUGAUUUCUAUUUGGGGCACAUAUUUUCAAUGAUGAAGAAACGGCUUAAUCCAACACAUGUAGCUGUCAUGGGAGAUCUGUUCUCGUCGCAGUGGAUCGGCGAUUCUGAGUUCUACAACCGAACCAUGAGAUACACUAGCAGAAUAUUCCAGCGCAACGUGUCUGUGCUAGAGAAUAUCAAGAAAGAAAGUCACGAUACCAAUGGCCAGUAUCAGAUAGAUUGGGUCAAAUUUGCCGAUGACCUCGGGGCGCGGCUACAGCAAACACCUAAGAAGUUCGAUUUCGGUUAUGAAGAUGUAUACUCCUGGGACCCCGUAAAUGAAGAUUACCUUUUUAUGAAUCUGACCGGCAACCAUGACGUGGGGUACUCCGGGGACGCGACCUAUCAGCACAUGGCUCGUUUCCAGAGUCUAUUUGGGAAGGACAACUACUGGAUCGAGUAUGAUCGCGGCACAGAUCACGCAUGGAGAAUUGUAGUGUUGAACUCGAUGCUACUAGAGGGACCUCCUUUGCAGCAAGAGCUCAUGGAUGUUACUUGGGAAUUUUUGUACCGCCUGUUCGAACGUCGGUUUGAAGGAAGCACUAUCCUGCUAACACAUGUACCAUUUUACAAGAAAGAAGGGAUAUGUGCCGAUAGCGAGCUGUUCCGCUAUUAUCCUCACGAUUUCCAGCGCGAGCCCUACAAGCAAAACUUGCUCAGGUCCCAGAACCAUUUGAGCCAGGGAACCACGAAACGUGUCUUGAACCUCAUCUUCGACAAUCACAAGCCCGGAAUCAUUUUGACGGGCCAUGAUCAUGUAGGAUGUGAAACCAUAUACAACAAAGAUGACAAAACUGGCGAAUGGUCGGCCGCAAAAGCGGUAACUUCCACAGAUUUUUCUGUUCGAGAGAUUACCGUGCGCUCAAUGAUGGGCGAGUUUCAUGGCAACUCUGGCUUGGUUACAGGUCAAUUCAAUACCAAGACUAAAUUAUGGGAGUGGUCCUUCACCUUGUGUCCCUUCUCAGUACAGCAUAUUUGGUGGUUCACUAAAGUUGUCACUCUUCUAAGCGGUUUGCUCCUUUCCAUUCGGGUAUUUAUAUAG